CCCUCGCCCCCCUCCCUGCUGGGGCCCAUCCAGCCCCGAGAGACUUGGGGUGGGAAAUAUGAGUUCCUUCUCUCCUGCUUGGGGUACUGCGUGGGGCUGGGCAAUGUCUGGCGUUUCCCAUAUCUCUGCUAUCGCAAUGGAGGGGGAGCGUUCCUGAUCCCCUACACCAUCAUGCUGCUCUUCACGGGGCUGCCCCUCUUCCUGAUGGAGCUCAGCCUCGGCCAGUACGGGGCAGCAGGGCCCAUCACCGUCUGGAAGUGCUGCCCCCUCUUGAAAGGGAUCGGGAUCGGGAUGCUGCUGGUCUCCUCGCUGGUCUCCCUCUACUACAACGUCAUCCUCGCCUGGACUUUCUACUACUUGGGCAUGUCCUUCCAGAGCCCCUUGCCCUGGUCCUGUGACGCCCAACAGAACGCCCACCUCUGCCAAGCCCAGAACGUCUCCUUGGGGAACGCCUCCCAGAUCAGCGCCAGCGAAGCUUUUUGGAACGAGCAGGUGCUGGGAGUGGUGCACAGCUCUGGCCUGGAAGACCCCGGCGCUGUGAGGUGGCCCCUGGCACUGUGCCUACUGCUGGCCUGGCUGCUCAUCUUCCUGUGCAGUCUGCAAGGCAUCCACAGCUCGGGCAAGGUGGUGUACUUCACGGCCACUUUCCCCUACCUGGUCAUCGUGGUCCUGAUCAUCCGGGGUGCCACCCUGGAGGGCUCCAUCGACGGGGUCCGCUUCUACCUCUCAACAGACUGGAGCCGGCUGCGCAGUGCUCAGGUCUGGAACGACGCUGCUUCCCAGAUCUUCUACUCUUUGGGCAUCGGUUUUGGCGGCCUCCUUUCCAUGGCUUCUUACAACAAGUUUGACAACAAUGUGAUCAGGGACACCUUGGUGAUCGCCAUCGGGAACUGCUGCACGAGCUUCUUUGCUGGCUUCGCCAUCUUCUCCAUCCUCGGCCACAUGGCCUGGCGGAAGAAGGUGCCGGUGGGGGAAGUGGCGGACACAGGCCCUGGGCUGGCGUUUGUGGCCUACCCGGAAGCUCUGGCUCUCCUGCCAGGCUCAGCCUUCUGGUCCGUGCUCUUCUUCCUGAUGCUCUUCACCCUGGGGAUUGACACUCUGUUUGGCAACAUGGAAGGCAUCACGACGGCAGUAAUGGACGAGUUCCCCUCCCUGCGCGACUUCAGGCGGAAGGCCCUCUUCCUGGCGGGGCUCUGCUUCACCUUCUACCUGCUGGGCCUCCUCUUGAUUACCGAGGGGGGCAUCUACUGGUUCACCCUCCUGGACGCCUACAGCACCAGCUUUGGCCUCAUCAUCAUCGUCCUCUUCAUGUGCCUCGGCGUGGCCUUCUUCUACGGUGUGAACCAAUUCUGCCAAGACAUCGUGGACAUGAUCUGCCUCUGCCCACCGUGGUGCAGCAAACUGGUGCUGUACUUCAAGGCCUGCUGGGUGGUUGUCACCCCAGGGCUGCUUCUGUUCAUCCUCUUUUACAUCUUCCUGGAUCUCUCGAGUACGACGCUGCACUACGGCCCCUACCAGUAUCCCCGUUGGGGGGAGGCCCUGGGGGUCUGCCUGGGGGUCGUGACCUGCAUCCAGAUCCCGCUGUGGGCCGGAGUCGCUCUCUGCAAGGAGUCUGGGACGCUGGCGGACAGGUUCAGGAAAGCCAUCCACCCCCUGAAUUCCUGGCGCACCACAAGCGGGCGUGACCUGCCUCACCAUGUCAUCGACGUCCCUUAUACUGUGAACCUGACGGACCACGAUUUCACGGGGUCCUGGCAGCACCAGGGCAGCAGCGAGGCGUGAACGGAAAGGGAGGAUGCUUCCCACCCCUGAGGGGCAGCUUGCAGGCGAGCUUGGGUACAAGAGGACUGCCUGCCCUGGUGAUGAGGCCCAGAAGGGCAGCCUGCCUGGCAGGGUCUCUUGGCAAGGACACGAGAAAGAUGGCGCUCCAGGAAGACGGGCUGCUACUGGGCAGGAAAUGGCGG